AUGCCUUCGCUCAUUGUGGUCGGAGCGGGUAUCAUCAUAUGUGCUGGUAUUCUCAUUCACCACUUUUUCGGCAGUAAAGCAAGGAUUCCUCAAGAUGCGAAGCUACCUCCAGGUCCUCCUGGGUUGCCCGUUCUAGGGACCCUUUUGGAUAUUCCCCCCCAGCACUCGUGGCUGAAGUUCAAAUCUUGGGCCGACCAGUAUGGCCCGAUCUUCCGACUCGACGUCUUUGGCCGAAACAUUGUGGUGGUAUCGAGUGAGAAAAUCGCCAAUGACCUCCUCCGGGAGCGAGGCAAUCUUUAUUCAUCUCGUGAACAGUUGCCCAUGGCGGCCCAGCUGAUGUCGCGCAAUCUGAGGCCGCUGUUUCUUCCUUACGGAGAACUGUGGCGACGAGGACGUAAAGUAAUGCACUCGAUGACCAUGCACGCAGCUGCGACCUCGUACCGGCCGGUACAGGUUCACGAAUCUGAGAGAUUGUUGUACGACUUGCUGAAAGCCCCCGACAAAUAUGAGUCAGCUUUUGAACGAUAUGCGGGUGCAGUGGUCAUGCGUCUCGGAUAUGGCAAAACCAUCGAGACCGGCGAUGAACCCUAUGUCAGGGACGCACUCCGUGUCGUCCGCAAUGUCGAACGAGUUGCCUCACCGGGCUCGUAUCUUGUCGACACGUUCCCUGUCUUAAUGUGCCUGCCCACCUGGCUAGCUCCCUUCAAGCGAGAGGCCGCUCGACUACAUCAAUUCGAGAUGGCGUUGUUCCGACAGCUGCUGUUGGAAGUCCGGGAGAGGAUGAAUGUGAAGAAGGCCCCGGAUUGUUUCAUGAGGACAUUCCUGGAGAGGCAGGCCGAAUUUGGUCUUUCCGACGACGAGGGAGCCUAUGUUGUUGGAACACUCUUCGAGGCGGGGACUGGCACGACGGCCGCCGCCAUGAUGUCUUUCGUUCUAGCCAUGUGCCUUUCCCCCAAAUGGCAGAAGAAGAUCCAGCAAGAGCUUGACCGAGUAGUGGGAGAUGCCCGCAUGCCGGACUUUGACGACAUGCCUGCUUUGCCUACAGUCCGAGCCGUGGCUAAAGAAGUGCUACGCUGGCGUCCAGUAACCGCGGGAGGUGUGCCUCACGAACUGGUCAAGGACGAUGUAUACGAGGGCCACUUUUUCCCUGCAGGCACCAACGUUCACGCGAAUCAAUGGGCGAUUCAUCGUGACCCAGAGCUCUAUCCGGAUCCAGAAACCUUCAAUCCCGAAAGGUGGUUGUCCCCUCAGUAUCCGACCUACCGCGCCCCGUUGUCCAAGUUUCCCAACCUGCAGAACUUUUCGGCAUUUGGCUUUGGUCGACGUAUCUGCCCGGGCAUGAACAUCGCCGAAAACUCGUUGCACUUGUUGGUUGCAAGGAUGGCAUGGGGCGUGCACGUGUCGAAAAGACCCGGCAUAGAAAUUCCGCUGUAUGACUACACUGCGGGAUUCAAUGUCCAGCCGAAGCCGUUCGUCUUUGAUCUGCGAGCUCGAAACGAGUUGCGGAAGGCGCUGAUCGAGCAGACCUGGGAGAAUAACAAACCCCCCGGACCCUGA